AUGCAGCUUGGGCUAGGGCCAUGGGCCCUAGCCAUUGGAGUCGCAGUGCUAGCCUCCAUGGCCAUGCCUCGAGGUUGCGACGCUGCAGGGACCGUGGUCAGAAACAUCUUUGUCAGCCGGAACGGGAGCGCUGGUUUCAAGUCCAUCCAAGACGCCGUCGACUCUGUCCCGUACGGCAACGGCCAGUGGAUCCGAGUUCACGUCGCCGCGGGCGUCUACAAUGAGAAGGUGAUUGUACCUAGGAACAAGAGCUUCAUCCUGCUGGAAGGCGAGGGGAGGCAGCAGACGUCGAUCGAGUGGGCGGACCACGCCGGCGGGGACUCGGGCACCGCCAGCUCCCCGACGUUCGCCGCGUACGCCACCGACUUCAUGGCCCGCGACAUCACCUUCAAGGUCCGUCUUCUAGCUCUACCCUGUCCGCCACGGACGGCACAACACGACUUGCUCAAGCGCUUGUUUAUGCAACCCAGUUGCUGCCGCGCGCAGAACACGUACAACGGGGACGGGAGGGUCAUCGCGCCGGCGGUGGCGGCGCUGGUGGCUGGAGACCGGUCGUCGUUCUACCGGUGCGGGUUCGUGAGCGUCCAGGACACGCUGAGCGACCUGGAGGGGAGGCACUACUACGAGGGCUGCUACAUCGAGGGCGCCAUGGACUUCAUCUUCGGCAACGGCCAGUCCAUCUUCCAGGGGUGCGAGAUCUCGACGGCGAGGACGCCGGUGUGGCCGGGGUUCAUCACGGCGCAUGGGCGGUGCAGCGAGGCGGACACUAGCGGGUUCGUGUUCAAGGGGUGCGCAGUGGGGGGCGUGACGCCGGCCUACCUGGGCCGCGCGUGGCGGGGCUACGCCAGGGUCAUCUUCUACCAGACGGCCAUGUCCGGCGUCGUCGUCCGCCAGGGAUGGGACGCAUGGAACUACAAGGGCAGAGAGGGCACGCUGACGAUGGUGGAGGCGGGGUGCACGGGGCAGGGGUCCAACCAGAUGGGGCGGGUGCCGUGGACCAAGGCGCUGCCCGACGACGAGCUCGCCAAGUUCGUCGACCUCUCCUACGUCUCCGCCGACGGCUGGCUCGACGCGCAGCCGCACUAG